AGGAGCUCCUGCCUCGUCUAUUUUAUGGAGCAGUGACGAUGCCCUUCGCGUUAUGAUAUCAUCUCUACAAUCAAUCUUGGUCUUAAACCAAACCUCACAACAUCAAAUGCCCGUUCUCAUCUCCAUCAACAAACGCCACAAAUCAUCAGUUCUCAUUGCAAACCAUCAAAUUCAUCCUCACAAGCCUACGAUCCCCAUUAACAAACUCCAACACAAUCAUCUUCACAAUGGCAGGCCUUCCAACCAAAGACGACAUCAAGGCCCAAGCCGUCGACGGCCGACCAAUCACCCAAGCUGAAGCCUCAGCCAUUGCCUCCGAAGAAUCAGCCCUCACCGGCAGCGGCCCCAUCAAAGGCGGUGCCGCAGCCACCGCUCAGAGUCUACACGACAAGCAGCAGAACUUCCUUGAGAAAGCGGGUGAAGUGGUACGAAAGCCUCCUACCGAGGUGACAAAGGAGGAUGCUGCUGAGGUGCAACGUGCAGAGGCUCGUGCAAAGGGUGGUCCUCCUGGAAAGGGAUCUACGGCUGCUGAUGUGCAGUCUGUUGCGGACACGAAUACACAAGCUUAGAACCAGAUUAUGCUCUUCCAGAGUGAUACCGGGAUGAAACAGUGGUGUUAAUUGCUUCAGAAGGGUCCUCGAGAAGGAACUCAAAGAAAAAGACAUGAUUAGGCAUGUAGAGUCGCAAGGAGAGGCCGGAGGCGAGGGCAGGCCCAAAAUAAAGUUCUUCUAAUCAACAUUCAAGUUAUCGUAACUUGACGCUAAUCAAUUGCGUCUUAUUACGUAUCUGUGCCUUAGAUACAUGCCCUGCAAAAACUCGAUUAAACCUCAAA